AUGGCCGGCCAGCCAGGUCCAAAACGGCAGCCAUCACUUGCAAUAAUCGACGACUAUCUCGGCGUGUCAAAGCCUCAUUUCGCCAACUUACCACCUGAACGUAUCUCCAUCACCACAUUCAAGGACACUAUCGUCCCAAACAAUGAGGUGGAGCUCAAUCGCCUCGUCGAACGGCUACAGCCUUUCGAUGCCAUUUCUACAGUGCGUGAGCGCACGCCAUUUCCCAGUUCAGUACUGCGCAGGCUGCCCAAUCUCAGACUACUGCUAGCUACAGGCACCCAGUUCGAGACCUUCGACCUCGCCACAGCCCGUGAGCUUGGGCUUCCUGUCGCCGCCGCCCCAGGCCUGGGGCGGACUGACCAGCUGGCUAACACCUCCAUCCCGCCGCGUCCAAACAUCAAGAAGGGCGGCGCACAUCCCACGACUCAGCACACGUGGGCACUGAUUCUAGCUCUGGCCCGCAACGUGGCUAUUGACGAUGCCACGAUGAAGCGUGGCGGGUGGCAGAGCGGUCUCGCGACGGGGCUAACAGGCCUUACCCUCGGCAUCGUCGGACUUGGACGUCUUGGGGCCGCGGUGGCACGAAUCGGGCACCUCGCAUGGGGCAUGCAAGUCGUGUGCUGGAGCGCCAACCUGACGCAGGAGAAGGCGGACCGGAUGGCUGCUGAGGUGGGGUUGGAUCCGCAGGCAGGGGUUCCGGGCGGGGACGCCACCAGCAAGACGUUCCAAGUCGUCAGCAAAGACGAACUGUUCCGAACUGCGGAUGUCGUUUCUCUGCAUUAUGUGUUGAGUGAGCGAUCGCGGGGACUCGUCGGAGAGAGGGAACUGGCUCUCAUGAAGCAGUCAGGGCUUCUAGUGAACGCCUCAAGGGGCCCCCUGAUCGAUCAUGCAGCCCUGCUCGAUGUGCUGGAACGCGGAGGAAUCAGAGGGGCGGCCCUGGACGUUUUUGACACUGAACCACUACCGUCGGAGAGCCCUUGGAGACAAGAUGGGUACUGGGGCCGCGACGGACGCUCCCACCUUCUUACGACUCCUCAUAUGGGCUACGUCGAUGAAGGUUUAAUGAACACGUGGUAUGCUGAAACGGCCGAGAAUGUAGAGCGCUGGCUUGACGGGAAGGAUGUUUUACAUAGAAUAGCAUGA